AUGGGCUAUCUUGACUUCCUUCGUGCGAAGACAAACGAUAUUGUUAUCGGUAGAAAGCAUGACAUUAAGCGCUCUGAGCCAACUGUCGUUGAUGAGGACGGAAAGGAAAUUGCAGACGAUAAUGAACAUGAAUAUGACGCCAACUCUAGUACUCUCCAAGAGUCCGAACCUUAUAUAGACUUGAGUCUUAACUUGACUCCUGAAGAGUUAGCCAAGAGGGAAACUGCAUGGUUCAAGUUCAGACUCUUUCUUUGGGACUCUUACGAUAAGCACCCAAAGGAAAAGAAGUUUUUAUUUAAGCUUGAUUUCUUUUUAAUGUCUUCUUCGAUGUUGGGGUAUUUUAUCAAAAAUUUAAAUCAAUCUAACAUCACCACCGCCUAUGUUAAUGGAAUGAGUGAACACUAUAAUAUGAAUAAAAAUCAACUUAAUUACUUGACUACUUUAUGGACAGUGGGUUACAUUUUGGGUCAGAUUCCUUCCAAUUUAAUUUUGCACAGAAUUUCAGCUCGUUAUUAUUUGGGUGGUUUGGAGAUUAUUUGGGCCAUAUUGACAUUACUUCUCAUCACCUGUAAGGAUUUGAAGUCAAUGUACGCACUUAGAUUCUUCUUGGGCUUAACAGAGGCUGGGUAUUUCCCAGGUUUAGAGUACUUAGUUGGAAGUUGGUACAGCAAACAGGAACUUUCUAAAAGAUCUUCUUUCUUCGCUUGUGCUGGUGUUGCGGCAGGCCUUGUUUCGGGACCUUUGCAACAAUCCAUUUUGCAGAAUUUUCAAAAUUCCAGAUACAAGCCAUUUCAAUACAUGUUUAUUUUUGAUGCAGUGAUUUCAUUCCCAAUUGGGAUUUACACAAUGUUUGUUGAUCCAAACACUCCAUCGACAACUACUGCAUGGUAUUGGAAUAAGGACGAUGUAUUGAUUGCUCUAGAAAGACGUAGAAGAAUUGGUGCUCAAUUGAAUACGAGAGAAAAAUACUCAUGGAAGAAGAUAAAGUCGUUUUUCACUACAUGGCACAUUUGGGUCUUCCCAUUAGUGUUUUUAGCGUACAACAAUUCAGGCGCAGCUAUUAGUCAACCUACCUUCACCACAUGGAUGAAGUUAGAUUUAAAAGUAUCGUCAUAUGUUUAUAACACUUACCCAGCAAUUUUAUCUGGUAUUGGAAUUGCCGUGACUAUCUUUAUCUCCUAUUAUGCUGAUUACAUUGGCGGAGAGAAAAAUCACCAAUUCGUAGCCGCAUUCUUCAUAUGUUUAAUUAUCGGAUGUUCUUCUUUAUCAUACUGGGAUAUACCAGUUAAUUACCAUUGGCUCUGUUACUUCUUGAUUGGUGUUCCAACAUCUUGGGGUCAGCCACAAAUCUUUUCUUGGGUAAACAGAUUGUUGUUUGAAGAUGACAUGAAGAGAAAUUUCGUUGUUGUCGUCACGAACACUUUAGCUUACGUGACUGGUGCUUGGGUUCCAAUUUUAGUUUGGAACACAAAGAAUCAACCAGAAUAUUUCGUUGGGUUCACGUAUACUGCUGUUUUAUCUUCGUUUGGGUUAGUAAUGACUGGAGUUGCCUAUUAUUUCACAAGAAGAGAUAAUCUUAGACUUCAAGAAAAGUUAGCUACGCAGAACGCUUUGUUAGUUGAAAGUUCCAGUACUGACACUGACGCUCCAAGUGUGACAGAGAAGCUUCCACUGCAGGUUAUUGUAACGGAGGAAAGAGUCUAG